AUGAAUUCGAAAAAAGAAGACAAUAUGGAUAUUUUAAAUAAUAUUAAUAAUCAAUUUAAAGAAUUACUUGAAUUAAUUGAAAAAGAAAAAGAUUCUUCAUUUUCAAUAAAAUAUUUUGAUAAAUUAAAAAAAACAAAAAAGAAAAAAAAAUCUUCGAAAAAAAAAUGGUUUAUUAUUAGUUCUUUUAUAUUAAUAUUGAUAUCUAUAUAUUUUAUUUUAUUAAAUGAAGAAUUAACUUAUAAUAUCUAUUUUGUAUUAUUGUCAUUUAUUCGAUUAAUACUUAUUAAAAUUCUUCCAUACUGGGAUUGGACAAACAUUUAUACAAGAUAUAUACGUAUAAGAGGACAGAAAUGUGCUAAUACAACGCAAAUAAUUAAACAAUCGAAUAUAACUUUUUUUAAUUUUACAAAAAAUAUUUAUCUUAAUAAUUUACCUGUUAUUGUUGAUGAUGCAACAGAAACUUGGCCAGCAAUGAAAGAAUUAACAGUAAAAAAAUUAUUUCAACUUUUUAUGGAAGAUCCUAUUCUUGCUGAAAAUGAUAUCUGUUAUUUUGAAUCAAAUAUUCGUAAUUAUAAUCGACCGGGAGGUGUUGAUCAACUUUUUAAUGAUUAUAUUGAUGGUAAUCGUCGUUCAUUUAUGGUUCAAUGGAAUAAUUGUAAACGAGAAACAUUAAAAGUUAUUCGAUCAUAUUAUAAUAAACCUUAUUUUUUACCACCAUCUGUUGCUCAAACAUUAAUGGGAAAUUGGUUUUUAGUAUCAGCUGGUUUUCAUAAAGGAUUCAAUUAUUUACAUAAAGUUCCUCUGAAUUAUGAUUGGAUAUGGUUAGCACAAAUUCAAGGUUCAAGUUUAAUUGAACUUCGACCAAAACAUCCAUGUGAAAAGAUGUGUUCGAUAUUAAAAUCUGUUACAUUGAAUAAAGGAGAUUUAAGUAAUAAUUGCUUUUUGUUUGUUUUUUCAAAGGAUCUUGUUGGAUAA